GGUAAUAAUAUACGUAUGCAAAUUGUGAUCUUGCAAAUAUCCUACACAGAUAAAGGGCGUGUGCUUGAUUUUCGUCUACAAUUACAGCUCUCCACCGUCAUAAUGUCUGUCUCCGACGAAACACUGUCCGAAAUGCAGGAAUGCUUUAACCUCUUCGACAAGAGGGGGGAUGGAAAGAUUGAUCCAGAACAACUUGGAGAUGUUAUGCGAGCCAACGGAGCCAAUCCAACACAGGCAGAAGUGAGAAAACUUCUCCAAGAAAUCUCUUCUGGACACAGGAUAACAUUUGAAGAGUUCACACCAAUCAUGACAGCAACCAAUAAGAAGAGAGAACAGGGUACCCAAGAUGAAUUUAUUGAAGGUCUCAAAGUGUUUGACAAGGACGGCAAUGGCCUUGUUAACUCAGCCGAACUUCGACAUGUCCUCACCAGUCUGGGUGAAAAGAUGACCGAUGAGGAAGUGGAUAGUUUGGUCUCUAUCAGCGAGGAUGCUAACGGUUGUGUUAACUAUGAAGAAUUUGUCAAGAUGGUCUACAACCAUUAAAAGGACCCAAGAAGUGUUCCAAUGUCCUUGUUCUUCUUCAGUAAUAAAUCAAUGCUAAUUACGAGAAGCUUUGACUGUCCACCCUGUGACCUUCAAGCCGCAUACAGACAUUAUUCAAAGGAACUAUGGAUUAGUUAGGAGACAAGAAGAGGAUCAGAAACAUGCAUUUAAGACUUUUUGCUCAUCGAUCAAGUUGCCAAGUGACAGACAAGUUCCCACAUUUUAAUCAUGGCAUAGUUUUUACAUCAACCUGCAUAUCGUUUCACAAACUUCUCUGAUUAAUUUCAAGUUACCGGCUGCUCUAGAAAUCUUUUGAAACCUUGAAGUGUGUUUGGUUAAGAGGAAUGUUGUUAGUCUAACAUUUCUUAAUCAAAACCUUUUUUUUAAUGGCCAUGAACAGAACUGCUCAAAUAAUAUGUCUGUGUGCCUAAAGGGGAUUUGCAUACUCCUAGUAACAUAUAUACAUAUUUAUACACAACCAUGAUCCCAAAUUAUGUUUAAUAAGAAGUAGUAUAUAUAUGAGAGAUCUAAUUAAAUUAGAUGGCAUGAGAUAUUUUUAUGAUUCAUAUAUGUUACAUAUAUAAUUAUAUAAAAAGCAAAUAAAUGAAAUGCAUUUUUAUUGGAUCAGUUUGUCAUUAUUAGAUCCAAUAUCAUAUCAAACACUGGAUUUUACACUAUAAUGAUGUUAGAUGUUUGAUUGUACAUUGACAGACUCUAGUUGCUAAUAAAUCACUAAUUACUGCUUAGACUUGAAACACUGUCAUUGCUUAAGUUUUCUUUAUAUUAAUACAGUAUAAGUUUAUUCUUCGUUUCAAUAUUGUACCCCAUUCUAUGUGAUUGUAAUGUUUUUAAACGGUCUGAAGGGAUAGUGGAAAUUGGUGAAGGAUAGUUUUUUAAUUUACUAAAUUGGCAACAGUUGAUUGAUGGUAAAUUGGCACCAAUUAAGCAUUGAUUGAAUGGGCACCCAUUUUUGUUUGUUAAAUUGCUAACAGUUUAUGCUGUUGAAAUCGGCAACAAUUUAUUGGCUGUUGAAUUAGCAAAAAUGAACCAUCUGUUUUGUAUGUUCAUUAAAGGGGAUGUGAAUUUCUUUGUUUCUGUUAUUUCCAAAUAUGUAUAUCUUAUGCAUUCCAUGCUAG